AUGGACAGCCCCAGCAACGCCACCAUGCCCCGAGGCUUCCUCCUUCAGGGCUUCUCUGAGUUCCCGCACCUGAGGCCUGUGCUCUUCCUACUGCUGCUGGCCGUGCACCUGGCCACCCUGAGUGGGAACCUGCUCAUCCUGGCGGCCGUGGCCUCUGUGCCCACCCGGCCGCCCAUGCUGCUGUUCUUAUGCCAGCUGUCAGCCAUCGAGCUCUGCUACACUCUGGUGGUGGUGCCCCGCUCCCUGGCUGACCUGGCCACCCCCAGCCAGGGCAGGGGCAGCCCCAUCUCCUUCCUGGGCUGUGCUGUGCAGAUGCAGAUGUUCGUGGCACUGGGCGGGGCCGAGUGCUUCCUGCUGGCCGCCAUGGCCUAUGACCGCUAUGUGGCCAUCUGCCACCCACUGAGCUAUGCAGCUGUGGUAACACCUGGGCUGUGCAUGCGACUGGCCCUGGCCUGCUGUCUUGGGGGGCUGGCAGUGUCCGUGGGGCUCACAGUGGCGGUCUUCCACCUUCCUUUCUGUGGCUCCCACUUGCUGGUGCAUUUCUUCUGUGACAUCACAGCGCUGCUGCAUCUGGCCUGCACACGGAGUUAUGUGGAUGAGCUGCCUCUGCUGGGUGCAUGCCUGGUGCUGCUGCUGCUGCCCUCCACACUCAUCCUGGCCUCCUAUGUUGCCAUCGUCACUGCCCUGCGCCGCCUGCACUCCUCCACGGGCAGGCGCAAGGCCGCCUCCACCUGUGUCUCACACCUGGCCGUCACCUUCCUGCACUAUGGCUGUGCCACCUUCAUGUACGUGCGGCCCAAGUCCAGCUACUGCCCGCGGCAGGACCGCACGCUGGCGCUCAUCUACACCAACGUCACCCCGCUGCUCUACCCGCUCAUCUACAGCCUGCGCAACCGGGAGAUCACCGCUGCCAUCCGCAGGGUGCUGGGGUGGUGGCGGCCGGGCCAGGUGCCGGCGCGGACUGCGCAUGAACCCUGA